AUGUCUACCGACCUUCAGUGGCUCCUCAUCCGUAACUACAACUCUUUCUUGGUGAAGCGAGUUCCUGAGGGACCCGUCUUCUCCAAGGAGCCUGGCAACCUCCGCAACUUGCACUCGCACAAGUACUCCGGACUAGCUAACUCCAAGACAAUUGCCGUGGCUGAUUCACCCUCUGGCGUUACAAUUACCACUCGCAAAGUCAAGGCCUCGCCGACCCAGGUUGCGACCGGCUACACCACUUCUAACAUCCGACCAAGAUCGGGCGGCCGUCGUGCCCUCGGCGUCGCCUCCCAGUACGCGAAGCGUGGAUAUCGCCCUGAUCUCCGCGCUGCCGCCCUCGCCCGUGUAUCUACUCUCGUUGCCGCACAAAAGGAGCCCAAGCCCUCGCCACCAAAGAAGGUUCGGGGCAAGAAGGCGAAAACUUUCUUCUAA